AUGAUGGGCAAUAUUUUAUUAUUGUAUUUUCUGCUUGUUACUCGAAUGUUUUAUGCCAAUGCAAAAAGCGAUGUCAUUGGUGAUGAUGAUAAACGAUCGCGUAAUCCUUAUUCAUGGAUGAAUUAUGCACGCGUUAGCCGCUCUCCAGCUCAAUGGUCAGAGCAGGCUGACGAAAAUUCUAUCUUUCCAUGGGGUCGCGAAUUUAUGGAUGCAGGCAGACUUGAGAAAAAAGCAAGAAAUCCUUAUUCUUGGAUGAAUACAAUGUAUGGCGAACGAGAUCCGUAUGGAUGGAUGGCAUUCGGUGGUAAACGCGCUCCAAUGAAUCCUUAUUCGUGGCAAUAUAUGCUGGCAAAAAGGGCAUUGAGAAACCCAUAUUCCUGGCAAAUGGCCGACUGA